AUGGAUCUCAACAAUCUUUUCGAUGUGAAAGGGAAGGUUGUUCUCGUGACCGGCGGGGGAAGGGGUGUUGGGGAGAUGAUUGCAGCUGGAUAUGUGCUGAAUGGAGCUAAGGUUUAUAUCUCCUCUCGAGAUGUCAAGGCUUGUGAAUCAACUGCUCAGCGUUUGACGAAAGACGGACCAGGAAAAUGUAUAGCGAUACCCGCAGAUCUGUCUACUUACGAGGAGUGUGAGAGGCUAGUGAAGGAAUUAGAGAAGAGAGAAGAGGUCUUACAUGUCUUGGUGAACAAUUCGGGCGUGACAUGGGGAGAAGAACUGUCCACAUAUCCUGAUUCGGCAUUUACCAAACUUCUCACGCUGAAUAUACAGAGAGUAUUCACCUUGACUCAGAAAUUGAUUCCCUUACUGAAUAAUGCGAAAGAACAAGGUCAUGUGGGAAGAAUCAUCAAUAUUGGAUCAAUCAACGGUAUCAAGCCACCUGGAUUGGAGACAUACGCAUAUUCAGCUUCCAAAGCUGCCCUUCAUCAAUUAUCAAAACAUCUUUCGACACGACUGGGACCUUCGAUCACUGUGAACACUUUAGCAUUAGGACCGUUCAGGAGUAAAAUGAUGAAGUUCACUUUAGAUAAUUUUGAAUCUGAGUUAGCGGAUUCGUUACCUAUGAAAAGAAUCGGUGCUCCGGAAGAUGUAGCAGCUGCUUGUUUAUGGUUAUCUGGCAAAGGAGGGCAGUGGGUCACAGGAACCGUUAUUCCCAUUGAUGGAGGAUCUUUAGUAGCUACUCAAGCCAAAUUGUAG